ACACACACCAACCCCACAAACACACAACACACAAACACACACACACACACUGCAGGAGCCUGUUGGACAGCUACAAUGAACCCCAGACCUUCAGUGGAGUGGACUGUUGUCACUGUCAACAUCUAUGGGAAACUUGCCGUGUCCCUCGCUGCUGAGCCUGGACCUGAGCUUUUGGUUGGAUUUUUCUGUUGAUCUCGAGGCAGGAUAGAGUUUGGCGGAAGGAUGAUGAUUGAGCUGCAAGGCACUGAGGACGGCGGAGGGGGUCUUGGUGGUUGCGGCCGCAUGGACGUACUGAACACAGAGGAGCUGGAGCGUAAGAUCUGCUACUGUGCGUACAACCUGGGGAGUCGCAGGCCGAAGGUGCUGGAGUGCUGCCACCGUCUGUGCGCCAAAUGCCUCACUAAGAUUCUGGACCUGGGUGAGUCGCCUCCCAAUGCCGUGGUAUGCCCGUUCUGCCGCUAUAUUACCAGACUGCCGGGCGAGGUGGUGAGCAGCCUGCCAGAUGACUGCAACCUGGUGGCGGCGCUGGCCUUCCAAAGCAGGAAUCAGAGGAACCUCCACUUCCACCAGGAGGCGACCACGGAGCUGCUCCUCAGCCCCAGGCGCCUGAGCUCGCUGAUGGCCAGUAGCCCAUCUGUGACAUCUCCUUCCUCCUCUUCCUCCGCUUCUUCUUCCUCCACCACCUACUCCUCCAUCCGGGGCUCCCCUAACUUUGUGGUCAUUACCAUCAUGGAGCCUCCACCGGUGCCUGCAUCCACCCAAGACCUCCACCGUGGAUCCCACGCAUCAAACCGAAGCUACCGUUCGUCCAGUCUGGACUCUAUGGCGUCCAUCACGCAGAGGUGGACGGUGUGGAACUGCGCGGCCCUCCUGUGCCAGACCUCGGCCCGUGCGCUGGUGUGGGUGCUGGGCCUGCUGUACUUCAGCUCGCUGCCCAUGGGGGUUUACCUGCUCAUCAUGCAGAGGACAACGCUCGGGGUGCUGUUGGUGAGCCUGGUUCCCGCCAGCCUCGUCAUGAUCAUGGUCUACGGGUUCUGCCAGUGCAUCUGCCAUGAGUUGUGGGACUGCAUGCCACCGUAAUGGGACCAGAUGAAUGGGCAAUGGUUUGCUUUGAAUAUGCUUGACAAUGGAUCUCUAGAAUUCACUAAUGGGGAUGUUACUGUGUAACUGACCAUGUAAACGCUUACUUCAAUAGGAGAUGAUGCUCCUUUUCUUUAUUGAAGGAGAGAGCAAGAACAUUAUGUACAUUGAAAAUGGAGCCCAUACUUUUGGGCUUUUCAUGAUUAUACAUGUUAAUUUUGAGGGUUGAGAACCAGAAGGGGUGUAAGUCCCUCCAAGAACUUGUGAUGUUGCGAUUAAUGCGAAUUCAACCAAUUCCUGUGAAUUCUGCAAUUUUGUCCAAUCACAGUGAUUUCCACAAAUUUGACCCAUCAUUGCAGUCCACUGUGCAAAAUGUUGAUCCAUAUGUCACCAAACUAUAGCGAUUUUAUUCUCUUGGAAACAAGUUGCCUUUGAUUUUUAAUGAAUUAUACAAACAAAUCUAUUCAACUAUUUUGGCAAUUUUCACUUUCUCCAAAAUUUGUAUUUCAAAAAAUGCAAAAGCUGCUGUGAAAUCAGACAUUAGAGGCAACAAUCCCCCCAAAAAAGCCUGCGACCAACUUUACAGGAAAGCCAAAACAAAACAAAUGACCACUUUAUGCUGAAUUCAGUCUUUAUUAGACUUCAUAAACAUGUGGAUGACAAUAUACUUAAUGAACCAAAUUUUUACAUUUAUCUUUUAAGUGCACUUACGCCCUUUUAGCCCCAAACAGUUACGUGUGUUCAGUUUUAGGUCUUUUGGUUUUUGAUAAAUAGGUUUAGAAUUCACACAUUCCCUCUUCUUGCAAUAGAAAUAGCUCAUCAAGACAUUUCAUUUGACAUUCUCAACUCCUUUUCUCCCAAAAGGUCACAUACGCAACUCUGGUUAUCACCCCUCGAUUUGUGCUUUGUUUAGCCUGGUAGUCAACUAAUUACCCAUUAGAGCUCUAAGUUUAAGAUUUAUCAAAAACUUUAAUGCCAAUUCUGGUGCUACAUAUUAACAAUAGCCUUCUGUUGCAGUGAGAAACCUGAAGGUAUUUAAGGUGUUAAUAAUAUCAGUCUCCUGUGGAUCUAAUUUGUGUGUCGCAGCCAUAAAAGCAGCAAAUGUGAACGUUGACGCCACAAAGUCCUGAAAGUUCUUGAAAUCAGCAUGAACAGCAGGGUGUUGUCAAGUGUGAAAACCCUUUUCUGUGCACCAAAAAGGGAGAUUAGUAUAUUUUCUCACCCUGAAAGAAUCAUAUGAGGGAGUCACAAAUAGUGUAAUCCUGAAAUAAAAUGGUUACCAGCUAAAACCUGUUAAAAGUGACUUUUGUUGAAGCUGCAUAAUCCCCUUUAUACACUCACUUCUGAGUGUAAAGAGGGGAAAUCAGUCAGGUUUUCUCAAAUAAUCUCUUGCCGGGUGCUGCCAGAAAAUUCACCUUCAACCCCUGACAGCCAGAAACUGUAUCAAACACAGUUAACAGUGUGUAAAGGUGGGAAGCCGUUGAGAGAUCACACCUCUGUUGACUCCUAUUGGAUGUUCCAGGGAAAAAAGGGGGGAAAUGGAAGAAAGAAAAUGCAAAAAAACUGAUUAUCAAUUAAUAUUUUUCAUCUACUGUGAAGCUCUUAUGUAUAAUUAUUUUUAUAUUUCUAAAACAUACUGGCAGCCAGAGUCAAGCCUCUUGGUUCGGAUUAAAAGUCUGGCAGCUGAAAUAAUUCAAAGUAAUAGAAAUCUGAAAUUGCCCUGGGAAUUUGUUUUAUAAAAGCAGGAGACGAGGGUCCUGAGAGUGUGAAUGAAAAUGAAGAUGAGAGAAAAUAGCUGCAGCUUGCUUAAGUGCAAUUAAUGAAGGCAGAUUGAGCACUGCAGUGUAGAGCACUCAUAUCUCAUUCUCUGUGGUGAGGUCGAGCUUGAACCACCAGAUGGUGCUGUGGCAGCUCUUCCUCCCCUCCCCCUUUCUUUAUGGGACAUCCUGCACUGACUGUCAAUAUCCAGCUUCUUCAUUCAGUUUGUCUGUUUGUAUUAAAUGACUGGAAAAGGUCUGAUGACACUGAAUGACUGAUGACCCUUCCCCAGACUCUCUUUGUCAAAGAAAA